AUGAAAUUGAUUUUAUCUAUCCUAAUUUUAACGGUUAACUUACUGACUAUUUAUGCGAAAUUAAAUCAUUAUCAGUACUGCAUCAUUGGAAGUGGACCUGGAGGGCUACAAAUAGCCUACUAUCUGCAACAAGCUAAAAGAAAUUAUAUCAUAUUUGAAAGAAAUAAUCAGUCAGGUUCAUUUUUUAGCCUAUAUCCUCGUCAUCGCAGAUUAUUAUCUAUCAAUAAAAUACAAACAGGUAGCGAAAACUAUCAUUUUAACUUAAGACAUGACUGGAAUUCACUAUUAAGUCAUGAUGAUUCACUGCGGAUGUCUCGAUACUCUAAAGACUAUUAUCCACAUGCUGACGAUAUGGUCCGUUACUUAAAUAAUUUCGCAAACCGAUUGCAAUUAAAUAUCCAAUACAACACUAACAUAAUUCAAAUUUCGCGUGGUUUGCAUCGUGGCGUUGUGUUGUUUCUUUUAAGAGACCAAAAUAAAACUUUUCAUUUAUGCAAUGUGACUAUAAUAAGCACAGGUCUUUUCAAACCAAAUAAUUAUGAAGACGUAGUAGGUAUUCAAUAUACAGAGGGAUAUGAAUCAGUAUCGGUUAAUAGUUCCGAUUUUAUCGACAAGAAUGUUUUAAUCCUUGGCCAAGGCAUGUCAAGAAAUUCUGCCUUCGAGACUGCUCAAGCUAUAUCACAUACUGCUGGCCUACUCCAUCUUCAUGGAAGAAAUAGACUUCGAAUAGCUACAUCGACGCAUUAUAUAGGAGAUAUUAGAGCGGUUAAUUCUCGAGUUAUCGAUUCAUACCAACUUAAAACCUUAGAUGGACUUGUAGCCUUUGUAAAUGCCGUUGCAGAGGGCGAUAUAAGAAAAUUUGGAUUUAUCAAAACUGAAGACGGAAAAAUUAGAAUAGGUCGAUUAAUGCGCGAAGGUCACAAAAUUAUAAUUGAUACAGGAGGUAUACGUACAAAAUAUCACCAUGUCAUUCGCUGCUUAGGUUUUCUGUUUGACAAUUCGAUAUUUAAGAAAGGAGCCAGGCCAAAAAUGAGGAAAAGUAAUUUGAGCCGUUAUCCUAAAAUUAGCUCAAGUUACGAAUCCGUAACGGUUCCUCAUAUGUUUUUCGCUGGGUCUUUAGUUCACUCUCUGGAUUAUCGACACUCUGGUGGAUGUUGUAUUCAAGGUUUUCGAUAUGCAGCUCGAGCUUUGCAUUACCUAUUGGAAUGGCGAUAUCACCGAAAUCCUUGGCCUUCAAUAUCUAUCAAGACUACACAUCUACUUAAUCAUGUGAUGACUCGUAUUAAUCAAGCCUCAGGGCUUUACCAAAUGUUUGCUAUUUUGACUGAUGUCAUUUUAAUAGGUAAAAUAAAUAACUAUGACAAAUAA